AUGGGUGCUCCGUCUUUUUUUCUUGGCAUUGAGACGGUCUCCAAGGAUGGUGGUUUGUUUCUUUCUCAGCCGCGAUACAUGCGAGAUAUUUUGAGCCGUGCAGGUAUGGUGGACUGUAAACCGUUGGCUACUCCGGUUCCUGUGUCCCGACCUUCUUCUGAUUCUGUGGUUCCCUAUGCGGAUCCCACGCAGUAUCGCAGUCUUGCUGGGGCUCUACAGUAUCUUACUGUUACUCGUCCGGAUCUCUCUUUUGCUGUGAAUCGGGUCUGUCAGCAUAUGCACUCUCCAACCAUUGAGCAUUGGGCUAUGCUCAAGCCUGUUCUGCGGUAUAUAAAAGGAACUCUGCACUUUGGUCUUUUUAUUCGUCCUUCCUCCUCUGUUGCGGUUCAUGCCUUUUCGGAUUCGGACUGGGCUGGUGAUCCAGCUGACAGGAAGUCUACUAGUGGUUUUGCAUUUUUUCUUGGUGGCAAUAUGAUUUCUUGGUCUUGUCGGAAGCAACGCACGGUUGCUUGUUCGUCUACAGAGGCUGAAUACAAGGCUCUGGCUGAUGUGUCUGCGGAGGUCACCUGGUUGGUUUCUCUGUUGCACGAGCUUGGAGUGUCAUUGGCUGCUCCUCCCACUCUCUGGAAACAAGGUACUCUCACUACACAACUUGAGAUCGGCAUCUGCUUGAACUUGAUCCGUCACUUCCGAAAAAGGCUACAACUGCUAGAUCUAAAAGACGAGUUGGAUGUCCAUCUCUCCAGCUCUAGGGUGAACUUGAUGCAGGCUACCGACUUAACACUUGCUCUAGCACACAACCCGCUACUCCUCACAAGGAAACGCUUGAAAACUUCAAAGGUUCGGUUCGGAGGUAAGGUCCGAAACAGGAACGGUAACACCGGAGAAGGGUAA